CCAGGCUCCCUAGCCUUUGGCUGGGUGCAACUUCCAUUUUAGGUGUUGGAUCUGAGAGAAAAAAAAGAGGAGAGAGAAAGAAGAUCGGGAAAGAUCCCGAAAGGAGGAAGAGGUGGCGAAAAAUCUACUACCUUGCUGGAUUUGUCUUUCUCCGCGCAUUUGACGAAGCCUUGGGUUUCUUUCUUAAGCGACUGGUUUUUAGAAGCCCACAUUUGAGAUUUGUGGAAGUGGAACCGUGCAGGAAGCUUUGCAGCUUCAAUGGUGGUGGCUUUUCCUCCCAGAGUUUGAACUGCCCAGAUCGGUUUCAGCCCUGCUGUUCUUGGGUGGAUCCCUCUUACUUUUCCAGCUCUCUCCUUCCUGCUUCCUCCUUGCUGUGGUGGCUGGGAUGCUUGUCACAUGACUUUUUGAAUCUAGACUGGGCUGUUCUCUGUGUUAAGCCAGUCAUUUGCGACCUUCUCUUAACAGUGUGACGUGAGGGGGCCUUCUCCCUCCUCCCUCCUCCCUCUGUGAUCCACCUUCUUUUUUACCCUGCCCUGCGGCGGCUCUGCCCCUUACCUUCAUGGAUGACUCAGAGGUGGAGUCCACCGCCAGCAUCUUGGCCUCUGUGAAGGAGCAAGAGGCCCAGUUUGAGAAGCUGACCCGGGCGCUGGAGGAGGAACGGCGCCACGUCUCGGCGCAGCUGGAACGCGUCCGGGUCUCACCACAAGAUGUCAACCCACUCAUGGCCAACGGCACCCUCACCCGCCGGCAUCAGAACGGCCGGUUUGUGGGCGAUGCUGACCUUGAGCGACAGAAAUUUUCAGAUCUGAAGCUCAACGGACCCCAGGAGCACAGUCAUCUUCUGUACAGCACCAUCCCCAGGAUGCAGGAGCCAGGGCAGAUUGUGGAGACCUACACAGAGGAGGACCCAGAGGGCGCCAUGUCCGUUGUGUCUGUGGAGACCUCAGAUGAUGGAACCACUCGGCGCACGGAAACCACAGUCAAGAAAGUCGUGAAGACUGUGACCACACGGACAGUACAGCCAGUCCCUGUGGGGCCGGACGGGCUGCCUGUGGAUCCCUCGUCUGUCUCAAACAACUACAUCCAGACUCUGGGUCGUGACUUCCGCAAGAAUGGCAACGGGGGGCCUGGUCCCUACGUGGGCCAAGCAGGCACAGCGACCCUUCCCAGGAACUUCCACUACCCCCCUGAUGGAUACGGCCGCCACUAUGAAGACGGUUAUCCAAGUGGCGGUGACAACUAUGGCAGCCUGUCCCGGGUGACCCGCAUCGAGGAGCGGUACAGGCCCAGCAUGGAAGGCUACCGGGCUCCGAGUAGACAGGAUGUCUACGGGCCCCAGCCCCAGGUCCGGGUAGGGGGCAGCAGCGUGGAUCUGCAUCGCUUUCACCCAGAGCCCUAUGGGCUGGAAGAUGACCAGCGCAGCAUGGGCUACGAUGACCUGGAUUACGGCAUGAUGUCCGACUACGGCACUGCCCGCCGGACGGGGACGCCCUCUGAUGCGCGCCGACGCCUCCGGAGCUAUGAAGACAUGAUCGGCGAGGAGGUGCCGUCAGACCAGUACUACUGGGCCCCUUUGGCCCAGCAUGAGCGGGGCAGUUUGGCAAGCUUGGAUAGCCUGCGCAAGGGGGGGCCCCCGCCCCCCAACUGGAGACAGCCCGAGCUGCCAGAGGUGAUAGCCAUGCUGGGGUUCCGCCUGGACGCCGUCAAGUCCAAUGCCGCGGCGUACCUGCAACACCUGUGCUACCGCAAUGACAAGGUGAAGACUGACGUCCGGAAGCUCAAGGGCAUCCCCGUCCUGGUGGGCUUGCUAGACCACCCCAAAAAGGAAGUGCACCUCGGCGCCUGCGGCGCUCUCAAGAACAUCUCUUUUGGGCGUGACCAAGAUAACAAGAUUGCCAUAAAAAACUGUGACGGCGUCCCUGCCCUGGUGCGCUUGCUCCGAAAGGCUCGAGACAUGGACCUCACCGAAGUCAUUACUGGAACACUCUGGAAUCUCUCAUCCCAUGACUCGAUCAAAAUGGAGAUCGUGGACCAUGCGCUGCAUGCCUUGACAGAUGAGGUGAUCAUUCCGCAUUCUGGCUGGGAGCGGGAACCUAAUGAAGACUGUAAGCCGCGUCAUAUCGAGUGGGAGUCUGUGCUCACCAACACAGCUGGCUGCCUCAGAAAUGUCAGCUCAGAGAGGAGUGAAGCUCGCCGGAAACUUCGGGAGUGCGAUGGUUUAGUGGAUGCCCUCAUUUUCAUUGUCCAGGCUGAGAUUGGGCAGAAGGAUUCCGACAGCAAGCUGGUGGAGAACUGUGUUUGCCUGCUUCGGAACUUGUCAUAUCAAGUUCACCGGGAGAUCCCGCAGGCAGAGCGAUACCAAGAGGCGCCUCUCAGUGUUGCCAACAACACUGGGCCACAUGCUGCCAGUUGCUUUGGGGCCAAGAAAGGCAAAGAUGAGUGGUUCUCCAGAGGGAAAAAACCCACAGAAGAUCCAGCAAAUGAUACGGUGGAUUUCCCAAAAAGAACUAGUCCUGCUCGAGGCUACGAGCUUCUGUUUCAGCCAGAGGUGGUUCGGAUAUACAUCUCACUCCUCAAGGAAAGCAAGACCCCUGCGAUCCUAGAAGCCUCAGCUGGAGCUAUCCAGAACCUGUGUGCUGGACGCUGGACAUAUGGGCGAUACAUCCGCUCCGCCUUGCGUCAAGAGAAGGCGCUCUCUGCCAUAGCUGACCUCCUGACCAGCGACCAUGAGCGGGUAGUGAAAGCUGCAUCUGGGGCCCUGAGGAACCUGGCUGUGGAUGCCCGCAACAAGGAGCUCAUAGGUAAACAUGCUAUCCCUAACUUGGUAAAGAAUCUGCCAGGCAGCCAGCAGAGCCCUUCCCAGAAUUUCUCUGAGGACACCGUGGUCUCUAUUUUGAACACCAUCAAUGAGGUCAUCGCUGAUAACUUGGAGGCUGCCAAAAAGCUUCGAGAGACACAGGGCAUUGAGAAGCUGGUGCUAAUCAACAAAUCAGGGAACCGUUCCGAAAAAGAAGUUCGAGCAGCAGCACUUGUAUUACAGACAAUCUGGGGCUAUAAGGAACUGCGGAAGCCACUGGAAAAGGAGGGAUGGAAGAAGUCAGACUUUCAGGUGAAUCUAAACAAUGCCUCUCGAAGCCAGAGCGGUCACUCGUAUGAUGAUAGCACUCUGCCUCUCAUUGACCGGAACCAGAAAUUAGAUAAGAAACCUGAUCGGGAAGAAAUUCAGAUGAGCAAUAUGGGAUCAAACACAAAGUCCUUAGAUAACAACUAUUCCACCCUGAAUGAGCGAGGGGACCACAACAGAACACUGGAUCGAACCGGGGAUCUGGGCGAUAUGGAGCCCUUGAAGGGGACCCCCCUGAUGCAGAAGAUUUAACACCACUGUCUCCGCUCCGUUUGGGCUUAUAAUAUAUAUACUUUUAUUUUUGGUGGUGAAAUGGACUGAUGAUUUUUCCCUUUCUUCGCUGGACUAUUGUGCCAACUGCCAGGCUGCCUCCUGCCCUUUGUAGCCCUGAGCGGCUGCCUUCUUCCCAUCAACUCCUCACUUCUUCCAGUGAAGUUUAAUUGUCCCCUCCCCUGCCCCCAGAGCCCUCCAGUUGCUCCCAAGAAGCCUGACUCAGUUAUACGCAUAUCUUGAGAAUCUGCUGCAGAUUAGUUCUUUUGCCAGCUCUCCCUGAAACUCUUGGCCUUGUGCGGAGGGAGGGAGCAAGCGUGUGGGAGUCCUCACAGGAAGCUGGAGGAAGAAUUGGAAGUUACGUGCUGGAAAUGCAGUGUCCAGCAAUCUGAUAAACUGAUGUUUCAUAAUCAAGAUUUUUUUUUUUGGUGGGGAAGGGACUUUUCAUUUUUUUUGGAGAAUGGGGGCAUGAGCUCUUCCCUUAUUCCAAAUGACUAUUUCUGAAGCAAAGAAGCUGGCGACAUUGGCACGUUCCCCCCGGCAAGGGCCUGUCACUGAAGGGCCAGAACUGAGGGCCUCACCCUCCUCGGCUCCAGGGCAGGGCUCAUCUGGGAACUGCAGACUCCAUCUCUCCUCCAGGCCUCAUGCCAGCCCUGCGCUGCCACCACGCCCUUUCCUGAGGCUGUCCUUAACCUCCUGCCCUCCCGUGAUACUGUCUGCUGACCUGGCCUGGCCAUUGCAAGAUGCUGUAGAAAGGAGAAUGUGUCAAGGAAGACUUCUUGGGUGAGAAGGAGCAGAAAGAUGUCUUCUAGAGAAAAGAACAGCUAGGAGGAGCUGGUAGGAAUGCACAGUUAGUCUGAAACUGGCUGGAAGCUUCAAAGCUGACCCUUCCUGUUUCUCCUCUGACCCUGAAGCCCCGUGGCCCUGCCUCCCCCCUGGGUUAGCUGGCUGACAAAGGACUCCGUGUAUAUACCCCGCCCUCCCCUGAAAGGCGGAGAUUGCCUCUGGCUUUGCCUCCUCUUUGUGCCUUUGGCCUGGGUGCGUCUCCUCUCCCUUCCAUGUGCCUUUCUUUGCCUCUGCAGUCUCAUUUCUCAUGAUUUUGCGAAUUGUAUUUUGUUGCUUUCUUACCCACUACUGGCCCUAAGGUAGCAGAAAGAAAGGAGAGGUGACCUUGAGAACCUCCAUACUCCUCUGGGGAUUGGUAUAGUCUCAGCCGUAUGUAGUAACUUUUGCACCACAGUAUCUGGUUGGGAUUUUGCAAAAAAUUCUGUUCUGAUGAACCUGAAAAAGAGGGUGGUGGGAGGAGUGGUGAGUGGGGCAGCUCUCGUUCCUUGGUUGCCUCGAGUUGACCAGCGUCCUCGAAGGUUUGUGGGGAAGCCGUGUGGUCCCUGCCCACUGGCCAUCCUCCUUUAAUGUAGUGCGUAUUCUUAGCAUGUUGGGCUGAAGGACUCAGCUGCUGUGCUGGUUGAUUUUUUUUUUUUUUUAAAGACCUAUUUCCUUAGUUGCCUUUGACUCCUGCCCUAAUCUAAAAGCUCCGCUCAGUGCAACUGGAAGUCCUUAUCCUUCUCUCGCCCUCCCCGUGUGUGUUGAGGCUAUGGGGUAGGAGAACAGUGCACAGCCCACCUCUCCCUUCCCACGGCCCAUGCGUCCCAGCCCUUCCCGGCCACCCCCACCCCCCCUCCUUUUCUGGCCAAAAGGAGCCCUCUGCUCUGGGACCUGAGUGCGUGCUGCUCAGGGACGCGGCCCUCCCAGACUGACCCACUCGGUUUCUCUUGUCCUCUUCUGCUCUUUUCCUGGUGCUCUUUUUCUCGGUGGGAUGUGGGUAAUAGAACAGCCAUGGGCUUUGGGGGACAGUUAACUGUUUAUUUUUUGUUUGUUUAUAAAACACUAAACAUUCAAUUCCAGAGAACCAAAAAUCCCACCUUCCCACUGUACACUACUAAGGGGCAUGUCUCUGCCUCAGACCUUUUCUGUUUUUCUUUCUCUCUUGUUAAUGCUUUUAAAAAAAUGAGUUUUUUAUAUAAAUAAAGUUUUUAA